AUGGGCGAUACUGUUGUGGGUGCCUAUUAUGGGCCACCUGAUCAGGCUGAGGAAGUUGAUGAGACCUUCUACAGGCAGCUGAUAGCAGCCUUGCAAACACAGGCCCUGGGUCUCAUGAGAGAUUUUAACUACCCAGAUAUUUGCUGGAAGGCCUACGCAGCCAGCCAUUCACAGUCCAGCAGGUUCCUCCAGUGCAUCAAUGAUAACUUCUUGAUGCAAAUGGUGGAUGAGCCAACUAGGAGAGGAGCACUGCUGGAUCUUACACUCACUAACAAGGAGGGUCUGUUUGAAGUGGUGAAGGUUGAGGGCAGCCUUGGCUGCAGCAACCAUGAGAUGGUGGAGUUCAGCAUCUUGUGCGGUAGAAACAGAAUACCAAGCAGGAUCACAACCCUGGACAUCAGCAGGGCCAACUUGGGCCUUUUCAAGCAGUUGCUAGGAGAAGUUCCAUGGGACACGGAAGAUGUGGAAACUGGAGUCCACCUUGAUCCUGCUAUCAAGGAAGUUCAGUACAAUCCCACUUAUGAUACCAUGUUUGCACCUGAGUUUGGACCAGAAAACCCAUUUAGGACUCAGCAAAUGGCUGCACCUAGAAAUAUGCUUUCUGGAUAUGCAGAACCAGCGCACAUCAAUGAUUUCAUGUUUGAACAACAAAGAAGAACAUUUGCAACCUAUGGUUAUGCAUUAGAUCCCUCUAUAGAUAACCCUGAAGUUGCUACCAAGUAUAUUGGUUCUGUAGAAGAAGCUGAAAAAAAUCAAGGUUUAACAGUGUUUGAAACUGGACAAAGGAAAAUUGAGAAAAGGAAGAAAUUCAAGGAGAAUGAUGCAUCUAAUAUCGAUGGUUUUCUGGGACCAUGGGCGAAGUAUGUUGAUGAAAAAGAAGUAGCCAAACCAUCAGAAGAAGAACAGAAAGAGUUGGAUGAAAUAACAGCUAAGAGGCAGAAGAGAGGAAAAAUAGAAGAUGAUAAACCUGGAGAGGAAAAGACUAUAUUACAUGUUAAGGAAAUGUAUGACUACCAGGGAAGAUCUUAUCUUCAUGUCCCUCAAGAUGUUGGAGUUAAUCUCCGUUCAACAGUGCCACCUGAGAAGUGCUAUCUUCCAAAGAAACAAAUCCACGUGUGGUCUGGACAUACAAAGGGUGUCAGUGCAGUUAGAUUGUUUCCUCUCUCUGGGCAUAUACUGUUGUCUUGCUCUAUGGAUUGCAAAAUUAAGCUAUGGGAAGUAUAUGGUGAUCGAAGAUGUCUACGAACAUUUAUUGGACACAGUAAAGCUGUUCGAGACAUCUGUUUCAAUAAUGCUGGCACUCAGUUUCUUAGUGCCGCAUAUGACCGCUAUCUUAAACUCUGGGACACUGAAACAGGGCAAUGUAUUUCAAGAUUCACAAACAGGAAGGUUCCUUAUUGUGUCAAGUUCAAUCCUGACGAAGAUAAACAAAAUCUCUUUGUUGCAGGAAUGUCAGAUAAGAAAAUUGUGCAGUGGGAUAUUCGAAGCGGUGAGAUUGUGCAGGAAUACGAUAGGCAUUUGGGAGCUGUCAACACUAUUGUGUUUGUGGAUGAAAAUAGAAGGUUUGUGAGCACAUCUGAUGACAAGAGUUUAAGAGUCUGGGAAUGGGACAUUCCUGUAGACUUUAAGUACAUUGCUGAGCCAAGUAUGCAUUCGAUGCCAGCUGUGACUUUGUCUCCAAAUGGGAAGUGGUUGGCUUGCCAGUCGAUGGAUAACCAAAUCCUGAUUUUUGGAGCUCAGAACAGAUUCAGAUUAAACAAAAAGAAAAUUUUCAAAGGUCACAUGGUAGCUGGCUAUGCUUGUCAAGUGGAUUUUUCACCUGACAUGAGCUAUGUGAUAUCUGGAGAUGCAGAUGGAAAACUUAACAUCUGGGACUGGAAGACAACAAAACUCUACAGCAGAUUAAAAGCACAUGAUAAAGUCUGUAUUGGUGCAGUGUGGCAUCCACACGAAACAUCGAAAGUCAUUACGUGUGGCUGGGAUGGUCUUAUUAAACUAUGGGACUGAAGAGGAUG